GACACCUCACGAUUGAACCCACUCUAGUUAGUCAAUUCGACUCUCGUUUAUCUAUCUAGCCAUUGAGUCAGAGAGAUAGAGAGAGAGAGAGAGAGAGUUGUGUUCGAACUCGUUUGUUUAAUUCGAUGGUGAAAAUUUUUUGAAGCUGAGUUUGAGACGUAGUAAUGGCUAGUACCGGUGCUUAUAGAAAUGGUGGUACUCAAAAGGGGCCCCUGAAACUGGAUAGGCCUCUCUCCUUGAAUUUGAACCCCAAGUCUGCUUCCUCUUCCUUCAAAUCCAAGCCCUCCCCCACCGCCUCCGGUCUCCGCCGCAGCACCACCGCCUCUGUCAAGGCCGAUGCUGCAGUUUCUGGGAGAGUUCGAGUUGCUGUAAGAUUACGGCCCAGGAAUGCAGAGGAGUUGGUUGCUGAUGCUGAUUUUGCUGAUUGUGUGGAAUUACAGCCUGAGCUCAAAAGGUUAAAGCUUCGAAGAAACAAUUGGGAUUCAGAUACUUAUGAGUUUGAUGAAGUGCUAACUGAAUUUGCUUCACAAAAGCGUGUUUACGAAGUUGUGGCAAAGCCUGUGGUUGAAAGUGUGCUGGAUGGUUAUAAUGGGACAGUCAUGGCAUAUGGGCAGACUGGCACUGGAAAAACAUAUACACUGGGGCGACUUGGAGAAGAAGACACAGCUGAUCGUGGAAUAAUGGUGCGUGCAAUGGAGGAUAUUUUAGCAGAAAUUUCCCCAGAGAUCGAUUCUGUCUGUGUCUCCUAUUUGCAGCUUUAUAUGGAGACUAUACAGGACCUCCUUGAUCCUUCUAAUGAUAACAUAGCCAUCAUGGAAGAUCCGAAAACAGGAGAUGUUUCACUCCCUGGGGCUACCAUAGUGGAAAUCAGGGACCAGCUGAGUUUUGUGGAACUUCUACGAUUAGGGGAAGCUCACCGCUUUGCUGCUAAUACAAAGUUGAACACAGAAUCUUCUCGUAGUCAUGCCAUUCUAAUGGUGCAUAUAAAGAGGUCUGUCAAAGGGAAAGAUUAUGCUCUUUCAAAUGAAAAUGGUAACACGUCCAACAUGCUAAAGACUCUAAAGCCUCCCAUUGUUCGGAAAGGAAAGCUAGUUGUGGUUGACCUUGCAGGUUCAGAACGAAUUGACAAGUCAGGAAGUGAGGGACAUACUCUAGAGGAAGCUAAGUCAAUCAAUCUGUCAUUGAGUGCGCUAGGGAAAUGUAUUAAUGCACUGGCAGAGAAUAGCGCGCAUGUUCCAGUACGUGAUUCAAAGCUUACAAGAUUGCUUCGAGAUUCAUUUGGAGGCACUGCAAGAACUUCACUAGUUGUUACUAUUGGUCCCUCUCCACGCCAUCGAGGAGAGACAGCAUGUACUAUAAUGUUUGGGCAGAGGGCUAUGAAGGUGGAGAAUAUGUUAAAAAUCAAGGAAGAAUUUGAUUACAAGAGUUUGUGCAGAAGGCUUGACAUACAGUUGGACAAACUUAUAGCAGAGAAUGAGAGGCAACAAAAAGCAUUCCAGGAUGAGAUUGAAAGAAUAACUAUAGAAGCACAGAAACGUAUCUCCGAGGCUGAAAGAAACUAUGCAGAUGCUUUGGAAAAGGAGAAACUAAAAUAUCAAAAAGAAUAUAUGGAAUCAUUGAAGAAGCUUGAAGAGCAAUGGUCAAAAGACCAACAAAUGCGUGGCAGUGGGAAAACCAGAAUUGAACACAAAAAUGAUGGCCUUGUCAAGACAUUUAAGGAAGAGGUUCCUGCAGUGUCCUGUGUUGAGGAAGUUACUGAGGUUAAAAGGUUGCUUCAAGAUGAAACUCUUUUAAGGAAGUCUGCAGAAGAGGAAGUCAAUAAUCUUAGGAAUCAACUUAUUCAAUGGAAAAGGACAGAAGCAGCAGGGAAUUCUGAGAUCUCAAAGCUUCGCAAGUUGCUGGAAAAUGAGGCACAUCAGAAACAAAAACUUGAAGAAGAAAUAGCUGUGCUACAAAGUCAACUAUUGCAAAUUAGUUUUGAAGCUGAUGAGACAAGAAGACGACUUGACGGAGCUGUAGCUGGGAAAGUUCCUAGUGGCCUAGGUUCUCUCAUUUCUCAAGUUGUGCAUCCGCAGCUGAGAGAUUCAGGAGAUGGGGAGAAGGCAUCAAUAGAAAAACUCUUUGAGCAAGUGGGAUUGCAGAAGAUUUUGUCAUUGCUUGAAGCCGAAGAUGCUGAUGUGCGAAUUCAUGCUGUAAAAGUUGUGGCAAAUCUUGCUGCUGAAGAAACAAAUCAAGAAAAGAUUGUGGAAGCUGGAGGUCUUACAUCCUUAUUAAUGCUUCUCAGAAGUGCUGAGGAUGAGACCAUUCACAGAGUUGCAGCUGGUGCAAUUGCAAAUCUUGCAAUGAAUGAGACCAACCAGGAGCUUAUAAUUGCUCAAGGGGGCAUUAGUUUAUUGUCAAUGACCGCAGCCAAUGCUGAGGAUCCUCAAACUCUUCGGAUGGUUGCUGGAGCCAUAGCCAAUCUUUGUGGAAAUGAUAAGUUACAGACGAAGCUGAGAGGUGAAGGCGGGAUUAAGGCUUUACUAGGAAUGGUGAGAUGCAGGCAUCCAGAUGUUCUUGCUCAAGUUGCCCGUGGAAUUGCAAACUUUGCAAAAUGCGAGUCCCGGGCAUCUACUCAAGGGACUAAGACUGGGAUAUCUCUUCUGAUUGAGGAUGGUGCACUCCAAUGGAUUGUACAAAAUGCAAACAAUGAAGCCUCACCAAUCAGGCGGCACAUUGAGCUUGCACUUUGCCAUUUAGGACAACACGAAGUAAAUGCAAAGGACAUGAUUAGUGGAGGUGCCUUGUGGGAGCUUGUUCGUAUUUCACAAGACUGUUCACGAGAGGACAUAAGGACUCUUGCUCAUCGCACUCUAACUUCAAGCCCAACUUUCCAGGCUGAAUUAAAGCGGCUGAGGAUAGAUUGUGGAUGAAGACGUGGAACAAUUGAAGUAAUGUUGUGUUGCCAUUAGCAAUAGAAGUUAGUCACACUAGAAUGAUCGAUCGGUCCGCUUGUUGGAGUUUUGUCAAUAGUGGGGUGGGCUUGGUUUCUUGUCUUUGCUUUAGCAUGAAUGAAUGUAAUCUUAUUUCUGAGUGGUUGUUCCAUGUCUAGUUUCUGUUAAAUGCAUAAAUUGAUUUGUACAUGAAAUAACAUUGGGAAAAGGAAAUAAAAAUUCAAUCUUGUAAAAUAA